CUAAAGAGGGAGUUGCAUAAAGGAAACACGGCCGGCGGAGUUCAGUGUUUCAUGGUUGCCUGGUAGAGACUUAGUGUUGCACCUCGCCUCCACCAUGGCCUUGCCUCUCAAAGCUUCAGGCAAACUGGCUGCUAAGGGCCUGCAGUCCUCCUUGGUGGCUGCGCUGAGUCGUCCAGCAGCCCAGACCACCACACGGGGGCUGCACUUCACCAUGGACGGCAGAAGGAGCAGUGCCAAGGCAUCCACUGACCAGCUGAGUCGCGAUUACCCAGUAGUGGACCACACCUAUGACGCAGUGGUGGUGGGUGCAGGCGGCGCUGGGCUGCGGGCGGCCUUCGGUCUGGUGCAGGAGGGCUUCAGGACAGCCGUAAUUAGCAAGCUUUUCCCCACUCGCUCCCACACCGUCGCAGCACAGGGAGGCAUCAACGCAGCACUGGGCAACAUGGAGCCGGACAACUGGGUGUGGCACAUGUACGACACAGUGAAGGGGUCUGAUUGGCUGGGUGACCAGGACGCCAUCCACUACAUGACAAGAGAGGCUCCUAAGGCUGUCAUUGAGCUGGAGAACUAUGGCAUGCCCUUCAGUCGCACUCCUGAUGGCAAGAUCUACCAGCGAGCCUUUGGAGGACAGAGCUACAACUUUGGCAAGGGAGGCCAGGCACACAGAUGCUGCUGUGUGGCUGAUCGCACCGGCCACUCCCUCCUGCACACCCUGUAUGGCCAGUCCCUCAAGUACGACUGCAAUUACUUCAUCGAGUACUUCGCCCUGGAUCUGUUGAUGGAGGAUGGGGAGUGCCGUGGUGUGGUGGCCCUGUGCCUCGAGGACGGUUCCAUCCACAGGUUCCGCUCAAAGAACACAGUACUGGCCACCGGUGGGUAUGGGAGGGCCUACUUCUCCUGCACCUCAGCCCACACCUCCACUGGGGACGGGACAGCCAUGGUAGCACGCGCCGGUCUGCCCUGCCAGGAUAUGGAGUUUGUGCAGUUCCAUCCUACUGGUAUCUAUGGUGCAGGCUGCCUGAUGACGGAGGGGUGCAGGGGUGAGGGAGGAUAUCUUGUGAACUCCGAGGGUGAGCGUUUCAUGGAGAGGUAUGCGCCCGUUGCCAAGGAUCUCGCCUCCAGGGAUGUUGUCUCUCGCUCCAUGACCAUUGAGAUCAGGGAGGGCCGUGGCUGUGGGCCAGAGAAGGACCACGUAUUCCUGCAGCUGCACCAUCUGCCUCCAGAGCAGCUGGCCCAGAGGCUGCCUGGCAUCUCAGAAACGGCCAUGAUCUUUGCCGGAGUGGAUGUGACCCGUGAGCCAAUCCCUGUCCUGCCCACUGUGCACUACAAUAUGGGUGGCAUCCCCACCAACUACAAGGGCCAGGUCAUCACAUACGACGGCAAGGAGGACAAGGUAGUGCCGGGCCUGUAUGCUGCUGGAGAGUCUGGCUGUGCCUCAGUCCAUGGUGCUAACCGGCUGGGUGCCAACUCCCUGCUGGAUCUGGUGGUGUUUGGUCGAGCCUGUGCUCACGCCAUUGCUGAAGAGAACAAGCCAGGAGAAACUAUUGGGGAGCUGUCCAGUGAUGCAGGCGAGGCAUCCGUGGCCAACAUCGACAAGCUAAGGUUUGCCAGCGGUAAUGUUUCUACUGCUGAGAUCCGCCUCAACAUGCAGAAAACAAUGCAGAACCACGCUGCAGUGUUCAGGACUGGCGACGUGCUUAAGGAGGGCUGUGACAAGAUGGCUUCACUCUGGGGCAAGAUGGAUGAUAUUAAGCUGGUGGAUCGCGGCAUGGUAUGGAACACAGACCUGGUGGAGACCUUGGAGCUGCAGAACCUGAUGAACAACGCCCUCCAGACCAUUGUGUCAGCAGAGGCAAGGAAGGAGUCAAGAGGUGCACAUGCCAGGGAAGACUUCAAGGACCGGGAUGAUGAGUAUGACUACUCCAAGCCUCUAGAGAACCAGGAGGAACCCAAGCCCAUGGAGGAACACUGGCGCAAGCACACACUGUCCGCUGUCGACCUCAAGAGUGGAGAUGUGAAGCUGUGGUACCGGCCUGUCAUUGACCACACCCUGGAUGACGCAGAGUGUACCACCGUGCCGCCUGCCAUCAGGUCUUACUAGGAGGGUGGCACCAAUGCAUGUCUGUCUGUCCAUCGCACACACUCAGUCUCGUCUUGCCAGUGAUUUCCCUGCGUGCCGUGGAAGAAAAUCAGGAAUCUGGCAAGUAAGGGAAGAAUUAGACAAAAAUCUGGUGAAGGUAGAAUUAAUUGAGUGUUUCUUUUGCCACUCUGCCCUCCUGACCUUAGUGUGUUCUGGGAGAGAGUGUUGUGGCUUUGUGCUGAGGAGUGUUGGAGUAUAUGGUACACACUCUACUUUGUAAGGAGAGAACACUGCAGGAAUUAUCUCUAAACUUGACAGCAUAUUUGACUCACUCAAGUUUAAUAUUAGUCAUGUAUAGUGAUUUUACUGUUCCAGAAUUGGUUGUAAUGUAUUUAAUAGUAGUAGCGAUGUUGUAGUCAGUAUUUAUGUAUCGCUGUUUGACUAACUAAAUAAAGCAGACUGAUUUAAAGUGCUGGUGUCAUGUAUCUGAAAGGGAGAAAGAUAUUAUGUUGGUACGAAUUGGUAUGGACUCACGUACGGACACACACACACACAUGCACACAUUCUUUAAAUGCACCAGCAAAAUAGUAAUGACAAAACAGUAUGUGUGUGUGUGUGUGUGUCCCCAUGUACUGUAGAUAACUGUACAGAAAUCCUAUAAGUGAUGUAUGUAUUUAUGGUUCUCUGUGACUUGGAACCUCAAUAUAUAUUUGUUACCACAGCUUG